CCGCCAAAAGUCCUUCUCCGUCGCCCCCCCCCGGCAGCGACGUUCCACAUCAGCGACUCAUCGCUCCGAUUGCCGCGGGCAUCCCAGAUCCACCUUCCGAGAUCUUCGCCUGUGUCUGUCGCUGGCUUCCGCAUCCACAUUCGCCAACGGCCGCGUCCCUGCCAUCUGAUUCGCCGCUUCAUAGACUCUAGACCAUCCCAUGUCGCAUCCGACUCGCUCAUCGGGCGGCAAUGCCAACCGCCCGUCCACCACGGCCGCAUCUCACUUCGCAUCAAGGAUCCACCAGCCGUCACACCGGAUGCUAGUUCCUCCAUCCUCAAAAUCCAGCCUGCCGACAUCGAUUCCGCUGGCCGUCUCCAAAGCCCUGAACCCCAAGCAACAUCCCCCAUCCAGCCAUGUCCAUGGCCAUCUGGCGGCGUCCGACUCAGCCCAAUCCAAGAUCCAGUCGACCAAGAGCGUCUGCUCCGUAGCAUCGAUGCAGGCGAAUCCAGCGGGAGCACCCUCGAUACUCGAUCGCAUGCGGGUCUCGAGGCAGUCUGCGAUCCAGCUGCAUCUAUAUUCCACGGCCCACUUUUGGGCGGACAAGAUCCUGUCAAUCUCAGGAUCAUCGAGCGACGCCUACUGGCUUGGCCAGAUAUACUACCUGACAGGACAAUUUUCAAGAUCACUAGUGCUCCUCUCCAAGUCCGCCAAACACAAGCGCAAUCCCCAUUGCCGUUAUUUGGCCGCUCAGUGUGCGCUGAAGCUGGAGCGCUGGAAGGAGGCUGUGGAGUUGCUUGCCGAUCGGCCAACUGACGACGAUUCUGAUGAUGUGCUCGACACGAGUGUCCAGCACCUUCCUGGGUUUGCUGUGAAGCUCGAAUCGGCUCGUCUGUACCUUCGUGGCACGGCCUAUCGCAAGCAAGGUCUCAGCCAUUACGCCAAGAGAGAUUUUAUGGCUGCAGUCAAGCAUGAUAUCAAAUGCAUCGAUGCUUUUCAGCAGCUGAUCGACAACUUUAUGAUGACCGCAGAGGAAGAGAUCCAGUUUUGCAACUCUCUUGAUUUUGCUGGCCAAUGUCCAGAGGACUCUGAAAUGUUCAGGCUGCUGUACAUGUCGCAGCUACGGAAGUACCAUCAAUUAAACGAUAUUGAAGCGACGUUGGGUCGGCUAGAAGGAGAAUAUGGCCUGAAGGGCAAUUACGACAUGAUGUUUCAUCGGGCAGACGCGCUGUAUGCACAAUGCAAGUAUCGCCCUUGUCUGGAGAUCACCAAGCGGUUGUGGAGAGAGGAUCCUAUGAGCCUCAAGUGUCUCCCUAUCCAUUUGGCAUGUCUGCUGGAAUUCAGCGAGAAGAACGAACUCUUCAGACUCUCGCACGAGCUAGUCCAAGAGCACCCCGACCACCCGAUCUCGUGGCACAGCAUCGGAACGUAUUAUCUGUCGGUCCAGAGGAAUCUUGAUGCUCGGCGAUUCUUUAGCAAGGCUACGUCGAUGGAUCCCCAUUUUGGCGCGGCGUGGAUUGGAUUUGGCCAUUCGUUUGCCUAUGAAGGCGAGCACGAUCAGGCAAUUUCAGCGUAUUCAACUGCCAGAAACUACUUUCCAGGGAUGCACCACCCGAUAAUGUUCAUUGGCAUGCAGCAUCUUCAGAACCAAAACGAUGGCUUGGCCGAGGAGUAUCUCUUAAUGGCACACGAGAUAUGCAAGCACGAUCCGCUGCUCUACAACGAACUGGGUGCCUUGUACUUUCGCAAGGAGGAGUUUGAAAAGUCCAUUCAGUUUCUUAUGCAGGCUCUCGCGCACAUGGAUGAGGUCUCGAAACGCGAUUCUAAUGUGCUCCAGUCGGUGUUGUGCAAUCUGGGUCACGCACAUCGGCGCCUAAGGAACCACGACGAAGCGAGGCCAUAUUUCCAGAGGCUCAUUAUGCUCAACCCUAAUCACGCUGGCGCCCUUGCUGCGAUGGCGCUGAUGGCACACAUCGAGCGCGACUUUGAUGAGGCAAUCACGUACUAUCACAAGGUUUUGGCACUCUGUCCGCAGGAUGCAAUAUCAGCGGAUCUCUUGACCCGAGCAAUCAAGUCACAGAUCUCCGAUGAGCCCCAGUUCCUCGACGAUGAUGAUGUCGACGACGGCGUGCUUGUUUCCUGGUCGGCCAAUGGCGAGGGUAAAAGUACCUACGGCGAUGAUUUACCCGAGGAUCCCUCCGCGCAAGCACGGUCCGCGAUCCCUCUCGGCAAUGACGUGCGCGAGCCAUCUACGAUAUUUCAAACUCCUCAAAGCGACUCAGGUCCUUCGGCGCGCUCGCGGAUAACAAAGCCCCACGGUCGCGAGGCAGAUGGAGUCAUUCGGAGCCGGAGCUCCUCGAACCUGGAAGCUGGGCAUGCUCCAUAUCGACUUCAGGUACCUGUGAUCGAGUCGAAUCGGUCGUUUUCAUCCAAUGUCUCUAUGGACGACGCUGAAAGUCCAGAACUCCAACGUGGCGAUGUUGGUUCUCACGCCCCGCCUCCGAUGCAACACCACGCGGCAUCGAUCAGAGAUGCGGCGCAGAUGCUGCCGCCUGGUCCACCGCGAUUUGAUGUCGAGCCAAGUUCGAACACAGUCGAUACUGCGCCAGACUCGAUCGACGACGAUGACGAUGACGGCGACGACGACGAUGUUGAGAUGGAGGUGUGCGAUGAUGAUUAGCGAUCCCCAUGCUCGCAGUCCAAGUUGGGAUCGGGAUGUGGCGUUGGUACGAUGCCGAAUACAUUGGAGGCCGAUCGCGAUACACGAUCACUGAA